CUACAAUUAUGCAAAAGCCCUAACACAUCAUUUACAAUACAAGUUGAUAGGAAUGAUUGAUUUUUUUUAUUAUUACUUGAAUUAAGUGUUCAAAUGUUUUUGCUAGAUUUAUUUCCGGGCUACCUCAUUCUACCUUCAAUUUGCAUUUUUUUAUAAAUUUCUUCAUUAGACAAUGGUGAUUCAAACGACGUUGAUUACCACAUGGCCCCACUAUACUGCCACAUUUUCAGAUCAUCAAUGACGCUAACACAGUUACAUCAGCAUUUGAAAGCUGCUUUAUUUCUGUCUUGAAACAAAAUAGUGACGCGAUAAAAAUUUCAAGUAAAGAACACAUUUAAUUUGUCUUAAGUUUAGUGAGUGGCUGUUGAUUAUUUUUAGAAACUCUACAAUUAGAAUAAAAGUGCUCAAAGAAAAGUUGGGAAUUCAGACAACAAUAAGUAUCUUUAUCCACUUAUAAAAGUUCAACGGAUAGUAAAAAAUAAUCCUGGAAAAAUAGACCCUCGGUUAAUGAAGAGUUAAUUCCAAGAAAAAAAAACCACUACAAAUAUGGACUUAAACGAUCAACGAAUACUCUCUGGAUGUUCUCUGUUGAGGGCUGACAGAUUUUCAACUAAUAAAUUACAAGAUGCCAGCAAAUCUUAUGAUCUAACCGUUAGCACUAAAACGGCCAUGAAUCACCGAACAGAAAGACUACCGAUCAAAAAGUGUAUUAAAACGGAAGAAAUCGAUCGACUAACAACGAACACUAUAGGUGUUAUUAAACAUGAAAAUAUGAAGAUUUCAACAGAAACAACACCGCGAAUACAAAAACAAAAGAGAAAAACCGUAGCACCUAGAUUCGUAUCCCCAGUUACUGGUAUGAUUGUUGAUCAAGGCAAUCAUGUAGUACUUGAAGGUCUCAUCGAUGGCUAUCCACCACCGAAAGUUUAUUGGAGAAAAAAUGGCCAGGAAUUAAAUGAAGGAGUCAAGACUUUGUUUGAACAUAAUCAUGUAUGCUUAGAGUUAAAGAAUGUCAAUGUGUGUGAUGCUGGCCGGUACACUUGUAUUGUUGAGAAUCAAGUAGGCGAAGCAAGCAGUACAGCUGAUCUUAUCGUCAAAAAAACUAUCUUUCCUCCAGUUUUUGGAAAACGUCUUCAAGCUCAGAUUGUAAAGAAAAAUGAGCGUGCGAUUUUGGAGGUAGAAAUAACUGGUACGCCAGAACCAAUCGUAACAUGGUAUAAAAAUGACGAGCCAGUGAUGGACAUAGAUGGUCAACUUAAACAAAUAGGAAAUUGCUAUCUUUUUAUAAUUGAAAAAGCUGAUAUAAAACAUGCAGGAAAAUACAUGGUCAAUGCAUCUAAUUCCGGUGGAGAAGCUCAAAGUGUCGCUGACUUUGUUGUGUUUGAACCAAUUCCAGAUACUAUGACAGAAAACCACAAGACAAUUGUUUACGAAAACAUUGCUGAUAAAAACUUGAAGAUUGCAGAAAAAAAAGACCAACUGCCUUCUGCCGAGCUUACGGCCGAACAUGUCUCUACAACGAAAAUUGCUCCAAGCUCUACUUUGAAAACUAUUUUACCAGUUGGAAAUAUUUCCUCAUUUCCAUCUAUGGUUUGUGAAACUGAACUCGAUAAUCAUGUAGCAACAACAGUGAAUAAACAUAAAAAUGUAAAUUCAUCAAAAAAUGCUUCUCGGGACGAAGAGACCCAGUCUAUUGCUUACUCAGAUCAACAUGAAACGAAACAAGAACAAAAGUUCCAUAUGAAAUUACAGCAUCAAGCUCCAAUACUGCCAGAACCAAAAAAUGGAAAUGUUCCAUUUUACUCCAUGACAGAAACAUCAGAAGCUAAUUCAGAGCGAAUAAGGUCUGAAGAUAAAUCAAUAACACGGCAAGAUAAGCUUGUAGAAAUGCCAAAUACCAAAUUACCAGAACGUGAACAGGAUAAUUACGUAGAAUCAACGAACUCUUUCGAAUCCAGAAACCAAAAUACUGAAAGCCAUUCCUUAAAGGAAAAGGAAACAGAUUGUCAGAUUAUACAAGAAAUCAAUGAAAACUACGAUAUUAAAGUUGAUAAAUUGACAAAAAGUUAUGAACGAUCAAUGGAGUUUCAAGAUUCAAGAAAAUUGUCGUCUGAAUCACCACCAAAAAGUCACGUUCACGGUAUGUUGACUAAAUUGGAAUACCCAAACUAUUCAGAGGGUAUUAACAAUACUGAAAUUGAUUUUCCUUACGAAAAAUGCAAACUCUCCAAGUUGAAUACUCAUAUAACUAUGUUAGAAGAUACGACGGCGUCAGGUUCUCCUAUUCAUGGGACUUUGAUGAUUUCACGCCUCGUUGCUCAGUCAGAAAGUGCGGAAAAAAUGCUUGGAAACUUUAACUUGGUCCCAGAGUCUAAUGACAAAAUAUCUUUAUUGAGAAGACAUCAUGAUAAACCUGAAAACUUUGCAAAAUAUAAAGAAGAGCCUGUUAAAAAUAUCGAUGGUCAUAAACUUUGCAUCAAUUCCCACUCAAAAUCACAAUUCCAUCUCUCAACGAAUUCAAAUUUGUUCAAAGAAUCUCUACUUCCUAAGACAUCAUCUGAUGCAUUCAAAAUUGAUUCAAGCUCUUUCUCCGAACAUAUUACUGGUAAUGCACAGAGGGUGCAUCCAAAAAUUGGAGUUAAGCAGUCCAACCAAGAGACAAGGGAAGAAGUUAUAGCAAAUUCUGAUGGAAGUGUUACAAAAGCUGACAUUGAAUCUUCAAGUAGCAUCGAAACGUGGUCUUCAAGUUCAGGGAAAAAUGUUACGAAAAAUAUACUCCCAGCUAGUGUAAUUCAGCCUGAAGUUUUUAAUUCUGGGGUGGGCAAAAAUGCAAUUAGUCAUAUGACCGAUGAUAAUAAGAACUAUUCCAGAAAUAAGGAAUGUUUCUAUGAAAAAAAGACAAUGCGAGAUUUGAACGCUUCUGAUUCCGUUAAGAACGUUUCUAGUAAAACUUUUCACGGAUUGUACCCAAUUUUCAAGGGCACUUCAGCUACUUUACCAAAGCUAAUAGAUCCAGCUGUUGGUAGAUUUGGAGACAAUAUCAAUUCUAAGUGUUCACAUAAUUUUCAUGGAGUCGCUUGUACCUCAAAGUCGUAUUCUGGAUCCAAUAAAAAUGGACCAUCCAUCAAUAAAAAUUGUCUUCCUCCUUACAUAGACAAUAGUCAAAUCAGAACUUAUCAAUAUCAGCCUAGCUCUGAAAAUAUAAUGGAAGCUAGGUCCAACAAAAGUAAAAUGCACGACUUCUUUGGAAUUGAUUCUCAACAAGGAGAUGACAACAUCGCAGAUAUGAACAAGCGAAGUUUUUUUGACGCUGUUUUCCAAACAACGGACGUGAUGAACUCGUGUCUCAAGAGCCAGCAAAGUUCCACCAAAUCUAUCAUAAAAGGACCAUCGGUUGCACUGGACGGUAAACAGAAAUGUAGAAGGAAUUGUCUUCAACCAUACUUUGUCAAUUUACAAGAAAAUGCGCCCGUAUUCACGACACCUCUGAAGAAUAUUGCCGUGAUAAAUGGUCAAACUGCAAGAUUCGAAUGUAUUGUUCGAGCUCAUUCACAGCCUGAGAUUGUUUGGUUUCGAGAAGCAAUAAGAAUCACCGAUGCAGACAAUUUAGAAGUUUAUUACAGAAAUGGCAUCUGUCGCCUUAUUAUACCUAACGCACUUCCUGAAAACGCUGGAAUGUACACGUGCCUUGCAUCCAACAACCAUGGUGCAAAUUCAACAUCUGCAAGUUUGCAGGUCUCAGGUGAACGACGAGUUCUCUACUGAUUGUUAGAACUGAUCAUUUGAAAUAUUGUUAGUUAACUUUGCUAGAAACUAAUUUAUUAAUCUCAUUGAGAUUGGAAAACGAAGGACUUGUAAUUUUAGAUUAAGAAUGAUUCGAGAAUAGAAAGAAUAAAAUAAAAUAUAUACUUGAC